CAAAAGGAACUAAAAGAAAAGGAUCAAGACUUACUACAACACACUGAGGUUAUUUCUUAUAUUAUACUUGAAGAAGCUGAAUAUAAACUAAGAGAUAUUAUCAGUAGUAAAGAGAAGGAAAGUAUUGAGUUGAAACAAGAAAUAUCAAUGGCUCAAGUAACUGAGGAGGAAUCAUUGUUUGUUCAAAGUGAUACUGAAUCAGUUAAAGAAGUUGAGGAAGAACCACUUUAUGAAGAACUGACUGUAUUGAGGUCUCAGUUUAAUGAGAUACAAAAAGAAAACAAAGAAUUGUCAGACAAAUUAUCAAAAAUGAAGAUUGAGUAUUUGAGAUCACUUACUAGUAAUACUGAUUCAGCUGCUAGCAAAGUGAGAAGAGGAAUGGCUUUUCAAAUUGAUGACUGCAAAUUUCAUCUUAAAGCAAUGACAAGACCAGACUAUCAGCCAUUAGUAGAUAAUAAAAGAAUAAUAGAGAAAUUACAAGAAAGAAUAACAUUAAUGAAUAUGGAACUAAUUACUGAAAGAGAACACAAUGAGAAGAUUAUAAAAGAUAUUAAAGAUCAUUUGAAAGAAACUGAGGAGAAGAGACAGAGAGAAAAGAAACAAAAAAUUGGAAAAGAAAUGUUUGGAAUUAUAUUAUUUUGUAAGCAUCUUGUUACUGGUGAAUUAAUUAAUUCAUUCCUUGAAGUACAUAAAGAUGAGUUACUACCCAGUGUACUGGAUAAAGCUUAUGAGUUAAUGGAAUUAGCUCCUCAUAUUUCUAUUGAGAGAUGUCGUUUAGUUAAAUAUGAUUAUUCGUCCGAAGUAAUGCAUCAGUCCUUUGAUCUUGAUGAAUUUCAACAUCAAACUAUUGGACAGAUUAUGAGUGUGGCUGGAUAUUAUGGAUUAUUUUUAGAAACUUGUAAAGAAAAUGAAACUUUUAAGAAAUACAAUGAUGGAGGUAUUAAUCUAGAGGUAUCAGUGGUUGAUCUGUCAACUGUUGAAGUAGUACCAGCUGUACCAGUGAGAGGAGAAGAAGGUUGGACUGUUGAAGAAUUAAAACAACAUAUAGGAGAAGUAUUUAAUAUCAAUUCAUCAUGUAUGAGACUAGUAUGGGAUGAGUAUAAUUACAUAAACAAUGUUACUUCAGUCCGUGAUGUUAGUAAUGUAGGAGGUAAUUUAAAGGAGGUACUUUAUGGAGGAAAGAGAGCUAGUCCAUUUAAUUUUAAACAAGUAUAGUUUUUAUUUAUGACACUAAUACCGUAAUAAAACAUUGAGGAGGCCUUUUUAUGAUGACUCAAAUAGCAUGGACACUGGGGCAUGCAUGAUCAGACUCAUUUGUAUUCCUCUUUCCCCUCACACACACACACACACACACACACACACACACACACACACACACACACACACACACACACACACACACUCAGUUGCUGUAUGUAUCAUCAGAUUCUAAAGAUUAUCAAGAAGAAUACAAAGAUAGUUUGAUGUACAGAAUUAGUCAUAGUCACCCUGGGAUACU